CAGGUCACUGCCAUGCUGCGAUUCGAGCAAUGCAGGCACGCUAUGCUCGGCUCAAAGCAGCUGGAGAUGAUGUAGCUGCAGAAGAGUAUCUUCUUUCAGACAGGCUGGCUUCUGUUCAUACAGUGCAGUCUGUCCAGAUGUUUAGUGAAAAUUCUCUCAACCCUGGCCUACCGUCCACCUUUCAAUUCAUUCGCAAGGUCAUGCAAGAAAUCCAAGCUUUGCACAAGGAUAUCCAACCCCUGCGUGUUUUCCAUUUAGGUGGGGAUGAAGUUCCUUAUCAAGCAUGGGAGGAAUCACCAGCCUGCAGGUGGCUUAUUGAAAGUGGUGAGGUGGCAUCCUUCAAAGACCUUAUGAAGUAUUUUGUUUUGAAGGUAAGAGAGAUGAGGACAUAGUCACUUGUUCAUUUGUUCAUAUUU